AUGUCAAACUUAGUAAUAAAAAUUGAGAAAUUUUUGUUGGAAGGAUCCUUCAACACUAUCUGUGGAGUGACAGUUGUUUAUUUGACAAUGGAAGGUACUAUUAUUCCUCCUUACAAUAGCGUUAGAGACUUAGCAGACCGUGUGGUUAAUUCAGCAUUAACAAAAAUAGAAAGAAGAAUGAAAGUAUUAGAAGUUUUACCUCAGAGUUUAGGCGACCUUCCAAAUGGUGGUAUCUGCUUGAGCACAUCAGAGCUGCAAAGUUUAGCAAGUAAAGCUCGAAGAAAUCUAGCAACCAAUGAAAAUCGGAUGGGAAAGAAGCCUGAUGUUAUGGGACUAUCGAUUCAAGAUGAAAAAAUUUUAGAGUUAGUAUAUACUGAAUCAUUGCAUAUUUUAUGCAACAAUUCAAAGAAGGCAGAUGAUGAUGUAAAAUUAUGGAGAGAAGCAUUGGACGGUGCAAGUUUUAUCAGUGAAUUAUAUAGACCGGUCGGUAACCAAUUCGGAAUUGUAGGAAUUCAGAUCGCUGGUUCUAUUAUAUAUUUAAAUAUUCUUGUGAAAGAUCUGGCUGGUAUACCUCGAUACUUCCACGUUGACCAUGCUGAAAUCCCAUUAACUCAACAUAAAUUGUACACUAGAUCCCUCAUUCGUUUUAUUAUUGACCUUAAGAAAUAUUAUGAUCGUAAAUAA